UACGACGAUUUUGUUCAAGUUAUGAUACCAAAUGGUCAAAUUUUGUUCAUUGGUGGAAAACUUGGUAAUGAACACCAGUCAAUGAAAAGUUUACUAACUUAUGAUAGUAAUAAAGAUACUUGGCAAAUAACGAACACAGUAGGUGCAGCACCUCAAGAACGUACCAAGCAUACAGCUGUUUCAACUUCGGAUGGACGUGUAAUUUUAUUUGGUGGAAUAAUAAAUAAUGUACCAGCUUUACCACAAUUAGCGGUAUUAGAUACUUCAAAAGCGCCAUACCAAUGGGUAACACUAACAGAAGAAGAUCCUAUUGGAGCUUUUAGCGAACAUACAGCAGUGAUGGCUAACAAUUAUAUGAUAUUUGCGUUUGGUAAAAAUGAAUCAGAAACAAAGGAAUUGAAAUCUAAUAACAAAGAUAUAUAUAAAUUAAAUAUAUCAGAUCCAUUAAAGUAUAAAUGGUCAUUAUUAGCUAGUUUUGAAGGGAAACCUACAUCAACUACAUCAUCAAACAGUUCCAGUUCUGCUUCUACUCCCAUUCAAACGGAUGUAUCGGUUGGUAAUAGCUCAUUUUCGAAAAAUUUUGAAUUAAAGGCACGUUGGGUUGUUACAAUCGUUGUUGUAAUAGUAGCUCUUAUAUGCAUAUCAAUAUUUGCCGUUUAUAGAACAAGACAAUAUAGAAACAAAAAUAGGGUUAAGAAUACUUAUCAACAUAAAUUAUCUAGUAAUGAUGAAUUAGAUAAAAAUUAUAUUUGAAAGAAAUAUUGUAUUGAUUACAAUAAACCUUCUUUCGACGCUUUAUAUAUAUAAUGGUUAGUAGCGUACAAGUACUGUAAAUUAGAAUAUUAUAUGUAUGAUAUGUCUCUGACGAACUGAAGCGCGUCAGAUGUCAAUUUUGAAUAGUUUACUACAAGUGAACUAUUUUUUUUAUUAAUAAAUA